AAGUGGGUUAACGGAGACAGCGAUUCCUUGUUGCUAAAAAUCCGAAUAUUUUGAUUGUUUUUUUUUUUUUUUUUUUUUUUCGGCUAGUGCAUCAUCAUGCCUCGCAGAAAUGAAAUCCCCGUAGGUAUACGUUUAAGAAUUGUGGAAAUGCACCAGGCUGGUAAAGGUUAUAAAUCCAUUUCAAAGAGUUUAGAUAUUCAUCUAUCGACUGUGAGACAAAUUAUCCACAAAUGGAAACGAUUUAAAACUGUGGCGACGCUGCCUCGAAGCGGCCGUCCGGUAAAAAACAACCCCAUCCCGGCACCACGAAAGCUCAGCAAGGAUAAUGAUGAGCAGGCUGGCCCAGCUGAUGAUAAUGGAGUUCAGAACAUCAAAAAGAAAAUUAAAAGCAGAAUCAUUCCUGAUGUGGUGAAACCGGAGUCUUUCUCAUCUGAUGCUGAAUCCUCCAACAAAGACCCUUCUGUGUACUGCAGGCCAGUGCCGACCGUCCAAGCAGAAGAUCCAGACAAUGAGAUGGACGAUUACAAUAUUGUGUAUGAAGUUGGUGAGGAGGCAGAUUCUUCCUCGACGGAUGUGGAAGAAGAUUUCAUGGCAAAUCAUUUCUUUCAAGAACAAAUAGAUGAUGCUGAAGAUCCAGGCCAUGAAAGGCUGGGAAGAUGCGCACUUUCAUCUGACGAUGAGGCGUCAGAGGAAGAUCCAAUGGCACAACCGUUUGACCCAGACUUCAACCAGGAGAAGAAGAUUUACUCCGGCUCAACGGUCACAGCGGGCGCUCUCCUGCUGCUCCUCCUCACAUUUAUAUUAAAGCACAAACUGUCAAACGCAGCAGCCAAAGACCUCUUGGACCUCUUGGACCUCUUAAACCUCGUUGUUCCCGGAUGCCUUCCCAAGUCCCUCCAGUUUUUAAAGAACCACCCCUCCCAGCAUUGCGCCGAGGCAGAGACCCACUUAUAUUGUCCCAAAUGUGCGAGCUACAUCGGUGUGGAGCCUGGAAAUCGGUGUGAGGUGUGUCAGCAGAGACUGAGUAAAAGAUGCCUGCUGGAGAAAGCUCACUACUUCAUGGUGAUGCCCCUUGAAAUCCAGCUGCGAAACAUCCUCACACGAGUCCACUCAAAGUUAGGGAAGCAUUUCGUCAGGGACGGCUGUCUUUCAGACGUCGUCACCGGAAAGGAAUAUAAGGGUGACAGACAGGCGGGCAGCAUUACGCUCACCUUCAAAUGCGAUGGCUUCCCUCUGCUCGACUCCAAGUUCUCGAUUUGGCCCAUCCUGUGCACGAUCAACGAGCUCCCGUACGCGGAGCGAGGCAGAAAUGUUCUGCUGCACACGUUGUGGUUUGGCAGAGGGAGGCCGCACGUCCAGAGCUUCUUCACGCCGUUCGUUUACGAGCUUCAUAAACUCUCCAGCGAGGGCUUCAGGUGGACGGACGGGACGGGCUCUGAGCGUCGCACCACAGUCGCGGCUAAGGUUUGCCUGUGCGAUCCAGCUUCCAGGUCCUUGGUGCAGAACCUCCAGUCGUUCGGUUGCAGCUUCUGCUACCACAAAGGCGAGCUGGUGCCAAAAGGUCAGGGUUUCACCAGAGUUUACCCCGUUCCGACUGACAGGUGUGAUCUGCGACACGUAGCUGAAACCGCCAAAAGCUUUCAGCACAGACAGACGGGAGUCAAGGGUCCGAGCCCGCUGGUUCUGCUGCCGUCAUUUGACAUCGUCAAAGGUUCUGUUCCAGAUUACAUGCAUUGUUUUUGUCUGGGUGUUGUUCCGGAUUUCGUCGAUCUCUGGUUCGACUCGGAUCUCGCCCACAAGCCCUUCCACCUGACUCCUCAGCAUUUGACCGACCUGGACAAAGCUUUGUGUGCCAUCCAGCCACCCAGUGAGGUUGGGCCCGGACCUCGGCGUGUCAGCGACAGGAAGCUGUGGACGGCCUCCGAGUGGCGAGCGUUUGCUCUUCUCUAUUCUCCUGUGCUGCUGGAAGAUGCUUUACCGAUUCUGUACCACAUUCACUGGAUGCUCCUCGUCUCUGCGCUUCACAUCCUGCUCUCCCCGUUUGCCACGCAGGAGCAGCUCAGUUAUGCAGAGUCGUCUCUGCUUCAGUUCGUGGCACAGGUCCCCUCCCUGUACGGCCUGGAGAACUGCUCCUUCAACUGCCAUUUGCUGACGCAUCUGGCGGAGAGCGCCCGCGACUGGGGGCUGUUGUGGGCCAACUCGGCCUUCGCCUUUGAGGGCGCGAGCAGCAGACUCCUGCAGAUGUACUCCGCCUCAAAGUCCGCUUCCUCCCAGAUUUUCUCCCGCGUCUUCUCGUAUGAAGAUGCUCUCCGCAGAGGGAGUUUGGUUCUUCAGGGAGCAAGUGCAGAAAUGAAGGACUUGUUUCGUUCCAUGACGAGUUGUGACGUCGUUAUGAGGUCGUCGGUUGACUCAGAGCAGACUUUAGGGAGUGGUUCUCAGAGAUUUCUAACUGCAGCUGAAGUUGCUGCAUUGCAGAAAGUGCACCGUGGGCAGCAUCAGGGCAGCGUGACCCAACACAAGUGCUUAGUUCACAACAACAUGCUGAUCUCCACGCCGGGCCACAGCGCCACAACAAAAAGAAACGACUCUGUGAUAGAAACGAGCAGCGGCUUUGCUGUUGUUCAGUCUAUAGUCGCUCUGAAAGAUGUUUGCAGCUGUGAGGAGAAACUUGGCUGCUCCUGCAAAACAUUUGUCCUUUUCUGCAAGAAGCUGUUCCCUUGGCGCAGCCACGGAGCGCAGCUCGACGCCAACAUCGCCGAGUUCCUGGUACGAGUACGGCGCUCUGAUGAACUGUGUGCAGUGACAUGUGGGGACGUGGUUGCUAAAUGCUUCGCCAUUGAACGGGAGCGUAGGGUGUACGUGGUGAAGAUGCCCGUCUUUGAGAUGCACUAGUGUCCCUGUGGCGUGCUGAGGUGGACUCAGCUCUUCUGUUUUCCAGGAUCACGUCGUCCUUGGAGCUUUUGAAUGGCUGCUGCUUUAAUGUCUGAUUUCCCCUCUUGACCUUUUCAUGCUCAGUUUUAAACACCGCACCAAAAUUCUCGAUUUGUAUUUCACUUUAGCGACUGUUCAGCGCACGCUGACCGUACCGCUGAAGUUUGCCGCGUCUGGCCUUCCUGAUUUUUCCCUUUUCCAAGCAGGUUGUAUGGUAGCUGUACAUGUUCAUUCCAUUCCGCUGACAUUUUGGUUUCUGUCCCGGUGAAUCACUCACUCCUCACAUGCUUUUACUGUAAAAACAUCAGGUGAAAAGUCACCAUGGCAACGAUUAAAGGGUUUUUUUUCUCUUCCUAGCAGCUUCUGAGGAGCAGAAACCUCAGUGCUUGAUUUGGACCUUAAGAAUGGAAUCAGGAGUGGCAUAUCUAACCAUUUGGUUUCAUGUUUGUAUUCUUAGUUUUACAUUCUUCCUCUAUUUCUUUUACUGGUAUUUUUCCUUUUUUUUAUUCCACAUUUUUCCACUCAAACGUUAAGCACGUUGGUCUCUUGUUUUGUCUAAACUGAUUGCAGAAGACUUCCUGUGAAACAGGAAGUGACACGUAGGCCGCUGCGGUCAGAUAAAUCGAUGCGGGUCAGUAGAUCUGACAUGUUUGUCCCUGGGAGGGUUUUCAGGCUAAGCGUUAGUCUGAUUUCUUGUGAGAAAUGUGCCUUUUUUUUCUUUUUUGCACUCCAGUCUUACAUUUACAUCUUAUGUUCUUCAGAAUAAAGAAAACGUAAGAACCAUGUUUGUUGCUUUAAUUAAGAUGAACAAACUCAAACUUUGUUCUGGUCUCAUAAGUCUGUCAGCUUUUUACACUCCUCGUUUGCUGCUUUGCUUUAAACGUCCUCAAAGGCCUGAGUGACGGUGGUUUGAACAAAACAAUCCCACACCAUGGUCCCUCCGCUGCCGUGCUUCCCAGCUUUAAUAUGUUUAAGCAGUCCAAACGCUUACGUAUGCAAAUCGGAGCCGCUUCUCUUUGAAUGUUUUCUAGCUGAACUGACAUUUCGCAUGGAAAGCUUGUGGACUUCAUAAAGCUCCUUUUUUCGUCAACGUUUUUAAAUUCCAGGGCUUGUUUGCGCUUCAGUGAUGGGAUUGUUUUGGUCCAUUCGGUCACAAUGUAUUAAUCUGUCUAAGUGGACCUAUUGUUCUUUUCUAUUUAUCCUGCAGUAAAAACAAUUUGUGGACGUGUUGGUAAUGUUGGAUGGAUUUUAUUGCAUCGUAAUGUGGUUCAAGGAUUGAAAUUUCUGUGCCUUGUUCUGUAACGUUCAAAACCGGAAAGAAAACUCAGUAGUUUCUAUCU